UGUCGUCGCAUUUCUCUCAGUGAGACGGAGCGCGUCUGUGGGGCGCGCCAUGCCAUCUCCCCUUGAGGACGAGCUUCUAUAACUCCCAACAAGAGGUUGGGCCACUACCGGGAUGGGACCUACUGCAAAUAUUAUCCCGGUGGCAUAUUUAUUCGGGCCACGAUGGCACUUCAGAUGAAAGGAUUCCUUCUCAUAUUGUUUUGCGUGCUCGCCGAGGGUAAAGGGGAUGAUAAACUUGAAAUAUUCGACGUGUUAUCCAUCUUGCAAAAUGGCGAUCUACCUGAUGGAGUAUCACGGGUGCCGGGCCGAUGUCAGGCUCCCGAUACUCACGAGUUGGAGACAGCUUAUGCCUUGAACGAAAAUGCUACUCUUCACCGGCUUGCCGCUGGAAUGUUCUACAACACCUUCCCUGAAGACUUCUCUAUAUUGGCUGUGGUUCGUUUGAUGGGUAGUGACCAAAACCCCGUGUUCGUGUUGUACUCGGACGCCGGCGAUGAACAACUGCAGCUGGUUGUUGGAGAACUGAUUGAGCUCUACUAUGAGGACACACGAGGGGAUCCCGAGGACAAUGAGCUCCUUACAUUCAGAGUUGACAUUGCUGAUGAAAGAUGGCACAGAGUAGCAAUUAGCAUCAAAGGUGACUCAGUAACUCUACUAGUCGACUGUGUGAUACAAGGCACGUUACCGUUAAGAAGACACCCUGGAAGUACUUUCAACCUCGCUGGUGUUCUAGUCGUGGGUGCCCAAGUAACCCCCGAUCAGUAUUACGAGGGCGAUAUUGAAUUGCUCCAGUUUGCUAAUCAACCGGACCUUGCAUAUGAUAUGUGUACAUCUAUUGCCCCGGACUGUGGAUCAUUUGGAGCAUACGACGCAUCAGAAAUAACAAGGAAUGAGAUCAAAGAACCAGAUUACGAUGUUAAUAUUGAUACCAAUGAACCAACUUCCGUUGAAGAUAACGAUUAUGAACAACUUGGACCUAAUAGAUUAUUCAAUGAGAAAAAUCAAUCUGAUAGUCUAUGGGCAAUAGCUGGUAGAGAUUCGACCACUGUGCGCCCGUACUGGCAGGUGCCCGAAUCUUUUGGCUUUACAUCGCCUUACGCGGCUACUGAUAAUGACGAAAACAGUAUCUUUGGUCGAUUUACGGACACUGAAGACUUUAUUUCCACCCCUUCCAGUAUAGAAGUAACAUCACCUGGUGAUUUAGAAAUACCUAGUUUAUCGGAAAAACGACAAAUUGAUGAUAACACGGAAGCUUCAAGUCUUUCUACCACGGAAUAUCCAUACACGCCUAUGACAACCACCGAAGACUCUGAUUGGCUCACACAUCCCCCAGAUAUUGACGAGGGUAACACAUCCAUUAUCUACUAUCCAACUGACUACGACUACAGCAGCUCCGGAACUUAUUACGGACCCCGUGGAUACCCUGGACCCCCGGGUCCACAAGGACCAAGAGGACCCAAAGGUGAACCGGGUAAGCCAGGUACAGAGGGGCAACAGGGUUUCCCCGGACCACCAGGGCAUGUGUUCGUAGUACCUUUACAGCAACCUGGUAACGAAAAAGGUCCCGAUGCGCAAUCUGAAGCUCUUCGACAAAUACUAACUCAACACAUGGCUGCAAUGAGAGGCGCAGAAGGUCCAAUGGGUCUCAGUGGACCACCGGGCCCUGAGGGAGAAAUUGGACCUGAAGGACCAAAAGGCGAACAAGGAGACCAAGGAGAAUCAGGGCCACCAGGGCCGAGGGGCAUUCAAGGCCCACCAGGAAGAUUGGGUCGCCGUGGGCAUUCAGGAAGAGAUGGAGAAAGAGGAUCCCCAGGUCCACCUGGGCCUAAAGGUGAACAAGGUUAUCCGGGACAAUCAGGAAUGCCCGGAGAUAAAGGCGAAAGAGGAACACUGGGUCAGCAAGGAGUAGCAGGAGCACCAGGUCUCGAUGGUCCUCCUGGUGACGAUGGGCCAUCUGGCCCGCCAGGAAUAUCUGGAGAAUUGGGACCCAGAGGUUUUACAGGACCCAGAGGAUUUCCUGGUCUAAUCGGCUAUCCAGGAAUACCUGGCAAUGAAGGCCCUCAAGGCACUAAAGGUUCUGCUGGACCACCAGGACCUCCUGGAACCCCAGGGCAGUUAGGCCCGAUGGGACCGGCUGGAUCCCCUGGCCCUCAAGGUCCUAUUGGCGCACCAGGCAUACAGGGACCUCAAGGUAAACAAGGAAUAUCAGGGUUACCAGGACCUGAAGGAUCGCCAGGAACGCCAGGUACACCGGGACAACAAGGUUCACCUGGUGAUGUUGGAGCCCCUGGUCCACAAGGCAUGUUAGGUUUUCCAGGGCCUCGAGGAUUAAAAGGCGACGAUGGACCCAGAGGCUUACCUGGCGAUAAAGGAGAUAAAGGAAUCAGAGGAAUCGAAGGUGAGAAGGGCGAAAGUGGACCUAAAGGAGAACGUGGCUUACCGGGUGAACCUGGUCCUCCUGGUAUUGAAGGACCUGAAGGACAAAAGGGCACCGAAGGACCAAGAGGUGAGACUGGGUCAAUUGGUCCCACGGGUGAAAAAGGUGCUACUGGGCCACAAGGACCGUCGGGAUACCCUGGGAUGCAGGGUGAAAAGGGAGAUAAAGGGGCCUCGGGAAGAAGAGGAAGACGUGGAACUAAAGGAAUAGCGGGAUUGGUUGGAAGCCCAGGAGAUCGAGGCGAAAGUGGUCCCAGGGGCUAUCGAGGACCACGUGGACGUAGAGGAUCCGAUGGACCACCUGGAACUAAGGGCGACACAGGCCAGCCAGGUCCACCCGGAUCCAUAGGGGAACGAGGCCCACAAGGGUUAGAGGGGCCUCGAGGAUUUCCAGGACCUAUGGGCCCCCCAGGCAUAGAUGGAAAACCUGGGCUACCUGGAACGCCAGGGGAAAGAGGACCCAUGGGAGAAACUGGAUCUCCAGGUCUACCUGGCCCUCCAGGACCCAUAGGACCUCAGGGACAAACUGGUGACCCAGGGCCAUCUGGACUGCAAGGACCAUCAGGCAUACCCGGAACACCUGGAGAAAUGGGAACUCCGGGCGAAAUGGGCAAAGAAGGCUCACCUGGGCCGCCGGGCCCAGAAGGAAAGCCUGGUCCCAUUGGUCCCCCCGGUUUACCUGGCCCUAAUGGAGAAUCUGGCAUGCCUGGAACACCCGGUACACCAGGGCCAAAAGGGGAUUUAGGACCACCUGGUCCACCCGGUGUAAGAGGUGACAAAGGAGAGCAAGGCGAAGCUGGUCGUGAAGGUUUACAAGGGCCUGUGGGCCGUGAAGGACCUAGAGGAUCACCUGGACCUGGCGGACAAAAGGGAGAAAUAGGGGAACCAGGGCCUAUAGGUCCUGUCGGGCGAGACGGUUUAACAGGGCCCAGGGGUUUACCUGGCGCACCGGGUCCAGUAGGUCUCCCUGGUGAGGAUGGAGAUAAAGGUGAAGCAGGGCCACCUGGUGAAAAAGGUUUCAAAGGAUCAAUGGGUAUACCUGGACCAAUAGGUUCACCAGGUAGCCAAGGUUUAAGAGGAGAACCAGGAUCUGUGGGCUUACCUGGUGAUAAAGGGCCACAAGGUGAUCCAGGUCCAGUUGGUCCACCUGGAACAGAUGGUGUACGCGGUCCAGCAGGUCCUGCGGGUAAAACUGGGCCAGAAGGACCUAAGGGCGACCAAGGCUCGAAAGGCGAUAGAGGAGACGUUGGACCUGUUGGCCCACCUGGACCACCGGGACUUACUGGGCCCCAAGGAAACCGUGGUGCAAAAGGAAAUCAAGGCGAGCCAGGUCCCAGGGGCCCUGAAGGAGAUCGUGGAGAAAUAGGUAGUCCUGGCGCAGCUGGUCCACCAGGACCGCAAGGACCUGAAGGAAAAAUUGGACCGAGAGGAUCUAUCGGCCCGAAGGGUGACGACGGCCCCCCAGGAUUGCAAGGAGAACCAGGUCCAAAAGGACUUCCCGGCCCAGAGGGGCCUAAAGGUGAUCCUGGACCAACUGGAUUCCCUGGUGAUCGAGGAGAAUCUGGUCCUCAGGGAGUUAAAGGUGAACCAGGUUCUGACGGCCCUGAGGGUAGCACAGGUCCACCUGGUCCUCCUGGACCAGUAGGACCGCCAGGCAAGCAAGGUGAAACUGGACUUCCAGGCAGUCCUGGUACAGAAGGCCAAGCAGGUGCUCAAGGAAGUCCUGGCAUCCCAGGUGAAAAAGGUGAUGCUGGACCCAAAGGAGCUCCGGGAGAUAUCGGUCCGACUGGACCACCAGGACCGCCGGGGCCAGAGGGACAAAGAGGAUUACGAGGACUACCUGGCCCAAUUGGUGACGUAGGGCAACCAGGUAUUACGGGCCCAUCUGGUCCGCCAGGAAUAGCGGGACUGCCAGGCUUACAAGGAGUAAGAGGAGACAAAGGCAACAGGGGUCCAAAGGGCCAUAUCGGAGAAACAGGUCCAAUGGGUUUGAAAGGUGAUCAAGGUGAAACUGGCAAGCAAGGACCCCCAGGGCCAGCUGGUCCUGCAGGGCCUAAAGGAGAUACGGGACCAAUCGGACCCGCAGGAGCUAAAGGAGAAAUUGGUCCCGCUGGCCUUCCAGGACCAGAAGGACCCAUAGGACCAAAGGGAUCACCUGGUCCAGAGGGUCGACCGGGAUUGCCCGGUCCACCUGGUACUCCAGGACCUCCUGGGCCACCUGCACCAGCGCCUCAAAUACCAGCUGAAUUAUUCAGGUCUCAAAGAAGACGACGUAGCAUUGUAACAGAUUCUAUGGAGACUGCCACUAAGGACGACUUUGAAGAAGAAGACGAAGAAACCGAAUGGACCCUGGAAGUAAUGUCGAGUGUUGUAGCGGCGCACACAGCCAUAGACACUGCCAGAAGACCGUGGGGCACAAGAACCAAUCCCGCUCUAUCCUGCAAGGACUUGCGGACAUCACACGUCAAUUUAACUGAUGGCUUUUACUGGAUAGACGCGCGUGGCGCGAGCUCUCGCCCGAUACGUGUCUAUUGCCAGGGCCAGAACACCUGCCUGUAUCCUGACAAUGUGAAUGCGGCUGCCGUGUUCACCGACUCUGAUGGCCACAAGUUCUCACAACUCGACUACGGAUAUCGCAUAACGUACGAGAGCGAAGGUUCCGGCUUGAUUCAACUACGUUACUUGCGGUUACUUUCAAACGGUGCGAGGCAAAACUUCACUUACACCUGUGUCAACACUCAGGCUCCACAAAGAUCGGACAUACCAGCUGAUUUAAUAAGAUCUAAUGGCGUGAAGUUAUUUGGGCAGAAUAACGUCGAGUUCAAAGAACCACAAAUUAUUAAGGAUCAAUGUGAGGACGGUGCAGGUGACAUAGUCCUCGAAGUGCGCACAUCUCGCAGUGACCGGUUGCCCAUCAGCGACUUCCAGCCACUGUCGUUCAUCGACGCCAAGCACGAGUUCUCGUUCGCGGCCGGACCGAUAUGCUUCAACUGAACUUGGAAAGAGCUAUUCACUAUUAUGUACUUAAAAGUUUCAAUCUUUGUAAAUAUUGUAAAUAAAUGUUGUGACGACUAAAUUAA